AAAGAUUUUUGCUUCCAAAAUCGAUUCUUUCUCUCUUCAUACUUGAUAUUCUUCUUGCUCUCUUCAUCAUCAUCUUCUUCAUGAUCGUCCUCUUGUCGCGAAUCGUCGCCUCCCAUCACCGCUCUGGUCUCGCCGAAUUCGCUCCAGGAUCGAGCAAAUGAUAGGUUGCAGGUUCUAUGCUAAGAAGAGACCAUCGGAUUGUUGGCUGAGCACGCUUCUGCAGGGCGACUUCUUCGGCUCGUGCGUCGCUCAUCACUACCUGCGGAAGAAUGAGAAGAACAUAUUCUGUAUCGACUGUAAUGUCGGGUUUUGCAAGCACUGCAUGGCGGCGCACGGCCUCCACCGCCGCCUGCAGAUCUGCAAGUACGUGUACCAGGACGUGGUCCGCCUUCAGGACGUUCAGAAGCAUCUCGACUGCUCUAAAAUUCAGACAUAUAAGAUCAAUGGCGAAAAAGCAGUGCACCUAAAUCCUCGGCCCCAAUCCAAGGACACCAAGCCAUCGACAAAAUCGAAGAAUGGAGGAACCUGUGAAGCUUGCGGAAGAUACAUCCAGGACCUGCCUAAUCGCUUCUGCUCAAUUGCUUGCAAGGUCUCAGUGGUGUCAAUGAAGCCAAACAAUGAGCAAAGUCCCGACAUCAUCACCAUUCCCAUUGAAGAACUAACCGAUCUCACACUGAAAGACAAUUACUGCUCGUCAAGUAAUGGCGAUGAAAAGGAAUCUUCCACCUCUAUGGCCGAGUCAUCGGAGGAUGCUCAUUUCGGGGUUAGUUCUGUCUUGAAACCGAGAAGUCGUUCGCACAAGCGAAAAGGGUUCCCUCGCAGGGCGCCCCUGCAAUAAAUCCCCUUCAAGAGUGUAGCUACUUCCUUUGAGAAUUCCUUCUUUCCAAUACAUCAUAUAUAGGUACAAAAGGGCAAUUUACAGGAAUAAAAACUAUACAAGUAUAGUACGCUUGGACAUCAUGCAAUGAACAGAGAGUGUCACUUUCGAAGUAUCCAAUUUUAUCUCAAUCUGCCUAAGUUGGGUUAGUUGCAAAAGUGAGUGUCCCAGGUCUCGAAGAUUUCGGAAGAGUCAAAAUUUUCCUGGGUGUUGUACAGAGGAAAUGAAAUGACAUGGCGACGUUUGUCGUGGCAGCGACUCUAUUUUUGGGUAUUAUUUAGAAUCAUCAUUUUCCAUUUCAAGGGGGGAUUUUUAUUGGUUAUGGCUGUACCAGAAUCAUAAUAACAACGAGCUUCUCCAUUAGCAA